GCCAUGUCUGAGCUGAGCGAUGAAGCCAGUGAGCCGGAGCUUCUGAACUGCAGCUUAUCCAUGUGGCACGGGCUGGGCACACAGGUCAGCCGAGAGGAGCUGGACGUUCCCCUGGACCUUCACACAGCAGCUUCCAUCGGCCAGUAUGAGGUGGUGAAGGAAUGUGUGCAGAGGAGAGAGUUAGAUCUGAAUACGAAGAAUGGUGGUGGCUGGACCCCCCUGAUGUAUGCCUCGUACAUCGGACAUGACACCAUCGUGCACCUGCUGCUUGAGGCAGGGGUGAGUGUGAAUGUGCCAACCCCGGAAGGGCAGACGCCUCUGAUGCUGGCCUCCAGCUGUGGCAACGAGAGCAUCGCCUACUUUUUGCUCCAGCAAGGCGCAGAGCUCGAGAUGAAAGACAUCCAGGGCUGGACCGCACUCUUCCACUGCACCAGUGCCGGGCACCAGCAGAUGGUCAAGUUCCUCCUGGACAGUGGUGCAAAUGCCAACGUGAGGGAGCCCACCUAUGGAUUUACGCCUUUGAUGGAAGCGGCUGCUGCUGGCCAUGAGAUAAUCGUGCAGUAUUUCCUGAGUCACGGAGUUGAAGUGGACACAAGAGACCACAGUGGGGCCACAGCCCGGAUGCUGGCCAGGCAGUAUGGACACAUGAAGAUCGUGGCCUUGAUAGAUACACAUUCACCUGCUCGGCCCAAAAGCCUCUACCGCAGCCCAGAAAAAUUUGAAGAUCUGAGCUCUUCAGAUGAAUCUUACCCUGUUCCUCAGAGACACAGGCCCUGUCGGAAGGGUCUCAGCAUCCAUGAGGGGCCACGAGCCCUGGCCAGGAUCACAGCAAUCGGACUUGGAGGCAAGACCCCGCGGCCCAGCUAUGAGCAGGGCCCACCACGGGGCUACCUGACCUUCACUGGCAGCGAUCCCCUGGAAGGCGAUGGUCUCUGCUACCGGGACGUCACCUCCCCCAUCAACGACCAUGACGUGGAGAGCAGCAGCAGCAGUAGCCGGGAGGAGCCCGGGCUCUGUGCCAGCGUGGGGGCCGUGCAGAGCAGCAGCAGCGAGGGCCUGGGGAGGGCCCGGGAGCUCAGCAGCGAAGCCUCUGUGGAGAGCAAUGAGGAUUCGGACCACAUCCAGAGAAGCUCUGCUCGCAAACAAACCAAAAGUUACGUGAAGACCAAGAAUCGCCAUGGCAGCAGUGACGGCCAGUGGCUGCCCAGUCCCGGGGGGGCUGCCCGCUCCCCAGGGUCUGCCUCCCGAACAGAGAGGCCCCCCUACUCAGGACCCCAGGACCUGGCUGCGCUGCUGGAGCAGAUUGGGUGUCUGAAGUACCUGCAGCUGUUUGAGGAGCAGGACGUGGACCUGCGCAUCUUCCUCACACUGACGGAGAGUGACCUCAAGGAGAUCGGCAUCACGCUGUUUGGACCCAAAAGGAAGAUGACCUCUGCCAUUGCCCGCUGGCACAGCAGUGCCCGUCCCCCCAGCGAUGCCCUGGAGUUGGCUUAUGCCGACCGGCUGGAGGCUGAGAUGCAAGAGCUUGCCAUCCAGCUACACAAGCGCUGUGAGGAGGUGGAGGCCAUGCGUGGCCAGGUGUCUCAGGAGCAGGAGCUGCGGGCUGUGGUGGAGAGCUGCCUGCUGGAGCAGGACGGCACCCGCAAGGACGUCCACACCCAGCUAGAGGUGACCCAGGCCCUAGCCCGGGAUGCCACUCUCAUUCUGGACCAGCUGCGAGCCUGUCAAGCCGAGCUGUCAGCCCGAGUGGGGCAGGACCCUCCCGCCCGCACGGCCGCCCCAGGCCCUGCCGCCCCGCCAGCAGGCUCACAAGGCUGGCAUGCGUCCCUGUGGGCCUUGAGUCUCCCGGAGCUGCUGGGAGCCCUAGAAGAUGGAGUUGAGGAGAUGGGGCGUGUGCUGGGCUCAGUGACCCAGAGUCUGGAGAAGCUGCAGGUGCUCAACGGGAAGGAGAAGUGGCGGGUGCCCUAGCCCGGAAGGAGGGACGAAUUGACGUCGGGUGAGCUAUCCACCCUGAAGUGAGCCAGGAAGACAGAAGGGCAGUGAGCAGGCAGCUGCAGGAGCCCAGAUCCUAGAGAGGCCAGGAUCGUCCAGGAGGUGUGAGGCAGACAGGGUGGGGCUGUGGCCCAGACCAGGCAGCUCAGGCUAGCACAGAGGCAGGACGAGGGCCUCGAACUCAAGUCCCGGUGGUAAGGCUCUAAGCUUGGGGGCUGCUCUGGCCCAAACCAGGCACGGCCAUGGGGAGACGGACAAGAGCGUCCCUAGAACAGGUUCCACACCGAGGUUUGACCUUUUAUGGGUCUGAGGACUGGGACACCUAGAAAAUGUGUCAUUUGUUGGAAAAUAAAAUGAAACACCUACUUGAGAGGGGCCUGGCUGUGGUCCUGAGGCCGAGGCCCAGGCUCCUGUUCCUGUGGGGUCAGUCACCUUG